CCGGAGCCCACCGGCCCGUGCCUCCGCUCCCGUGGGCCGCGCACCGCUUCCCCGCCCUCCUCCUCCUCCUCCGGCUGGGCGCCUGGCACCGGGGACCGUUGCCUGACGCGCGAGGCCCAGCUCCACUUUUCGCCCCGCGUCUCCUCCUCGCGCUGGUCUCCCAACUCCUACCCCAGCUCCCUAGCCCUCUCGCUCCGCUCCGCUCGCGAGCCCCCGACCCCGCGCCCGCCACUCUCCCCCGGUCCCAGAGGUGGGAGAGCGUCGGCCCCGGCCCGCAUCAUGGCCCGGUUCGGCUUGCCCGCGCUUCUCUGCACCCUGGCGGUGCUCUGCGCCGCGCUGCUGGCUGCCGAGCCCAAGUCGAAAAGUUGCUCGGAAGUGCGACGGCUCUACGUGUCCAAAGGUUUCAACAAGAACGAUGCCCCCACGCACGAGAUCAACGGUGAUCAUUUGAAGAUCUGUCCCCAGGGCUAUACCUGCUGCUCUCAGGAGAUGGAGGAGAAAUAUAGCCUGCAAAGUAAAGAUGAUUUCAAAAGUGUGGUCAGCGAACAGUGCAAUCACUUGCAGGCCAUCUUUGCUUCCCGUUACAAGAAGUUUGACGAAUUCUUCAAAGAACUACUGGAAAAUGCAGAGAAAUCCCUGAAUGACAUGUUUGUGAAGACUUAUGGCCGCUUAUACAUGCAAAAUUCUGAGCUAUUUAAAGAUCUCUUUGGAGAGCUGAAGCGCUACUACGUGGCAGGAAGCGUGAACCUGGAAGAAAUGCUAAGUGACUUCUGGGCUCGCCUUCUGGAGCGGAUGUUCCGCCUGGUGAACUCCCAGUACCACUUCACGGAUGAGUAUCUGGAAUGCGUGAGCAAGUACACCGAGCAGCUGAAGCCCUUCGGAGACGUCCCUCGGAAACUGAAGCUUCAGGUUACGCGUGCAUUUGUAGCUGCCCGUACUUUUGCUCAAGGCUUAGCGGUCGCAAGGGAUGUAGUGAGCAAAGUCUCUGUGGUCAGUCCCACAGCGCAGUGUGCCGAGGCCUUGCUGAAGAUGCUUUACUGCUCCCACUGCCAGGGGCUCGUGAGUGUGAAGCCGUGUUACAACUACUGCUCGAACAUCAUGAGAGGCUGUCUGGCCAACCAAGGGGAUCUCGAGUUUGAAUGGAACAAUUUCAUAGAUGCGAUGCUGAUGGUGGCGGAGAGGCUUGAGGGUCCUUUCAACAUCGAAUCGGUCAUGGAUCCCAUCGAUGUGAAGAUUUCCGAUGCUAUAAUGAAUAUGCAGGAGAAUAGUGUGCAAGUGUCUCAGAAGGUCUUCCAGGGAUGUGGACCCCCCAAACCCCUCCCGGCCGGCCGGAUUUCCCGAUCCAUCUCCGAGGGGGCUUUCAGCGCCCGCUUCAGACCGUAUCACCCUGAGGAACGCCCGACCACGGCAGCUGGCACGAGUUUGGACCGACUGGUUACUGAUGUCAAGGAGAAGCUGAAACAGGCCAAGAAGUUCUGGUCCUCUCUGCCCAGCAGUGUGUGCAGUGAUGGGAGAAUGGCCGCUGGGAACGGGAACGAGGACGACUGCUGGGACGGGAAGGGCAAGAGCAGAUACCUGUUCGCGGUGACGGGAAAUGGCUUAGCCAACCAGGGCAACAAUCCGGAGGUCCAGGUGGACACCAGCAAACCGGACAUACUGAUCCUUCGCCAGAUCAUGGCUCUUCGGGUUAUGACCAGUAAAAUGAAGAAUGCUUACAAUGGGAACGAUGUGGACUUCUUUGACAUCAGUGACGAGAGCAGUGGGGAGGGAAGCGGUAGCGGUUGCGAGUACCAGCAGUGCCCCUCGGAGUUGGAGCACAACGCCACCGAGCCCUCCGGGAAGAGCGCCAACGAUCAGGCCGGCAGCGCUGGUGGCUUUGUGCGGGCGCAGCCCUCCCUCCUCGCCGCCUUCUGCAUCGUGCUCCUGGUCAUGCAGAGAGAGUGCAGAUAAUUCUGAACCUUAGCGAGUUUUCUUCAAAAAGUUAAAAAGGCACCAGUUAUCACUUUUAUACCAUCCUAGUGACUUUGCUUUUUAAAUGAAUGGACAAUGAUGUACAGUUUUUACUAUGUGGCCACUGGUUUAAAAAAAAUGCCGACUUUGUGUUCUCAUUCAGUUUUGCGAGGGGGGGAAAGGGACUUGGAUGUAUAAAGGCGGUUCCUGGCGCCCCCCGCCCCCCGCAUCAUGUUAAACGUGGCUGACAGUGUAGGUACAGAACUGUAGUUAGUUGUGCAUUUGUGAUUUUAUCGCUCUUGUUUGUUUUGUUUUUUUUUCUUUUUGUUUGUGGGUGGUUUUUUUUUUUCCCUUCAAUUAUGAUCUCACCUUGUUUCUUACAAGAAAACCAGGGUCCUUUCUUGGCAUGUAACAUGUACGUAUUUCUGAAAUAUUAAAUAGCUGUACAGAAGCAGGUUUUAUUUAUCAUGUUAUCUUAUUAAAAGAAAAAGCCCAGCAAGCAGUAAAAUUUCCAUUUAUCCCUGUUGUUUUAGUUGCCUUAUCUGGAGAGGAGCGGAUGUGAUUUUGUUUUUUAUUAUUGUUAAGGUAGGACAGAAUGUGAAGGCACAGGGGGGCUUCUGAGCCACUUGGUAGGUUGUAUUCAGGCAUCGAUACCAGAAGAAGGCUCUACUUCAUUGAUAGCCAGGGACUGGAGGAGACUGCAGACUAUACCCGUCUUGGUUGAAUUGAAUUAUAUAAACUAAGGUCACAGGUCCAUUUCUCGAACCCGCUUAUACUUAGAGCGGCGCCCAUUUAGAAGAAGAUUCUUUUUCGGUACACUCUCCCUAGAAAUAUAGAAAGCAUUCAGGAUGCCGAAGUUAUCACACGUUCACACUUAGUUUGGGGGUGGGUUUUUGUCUUUUUCUGUCUUAUCCAGGCAAGUUAGCAAGCCGCUGUGUGCUGGUCUUCAUGUCCACACUGACCUGCUUUGACUUCCUAUCCCGAUGGCAGAAAUAAGUGACCAGGGAGUUCAUUUGGUCCCCCUUGUUACAGCAUACCAGAUUUCACACCCCACCUUAUAGAAUAGGGAACUGUCUGGGGGCUAACCAGAACCGGGGUACAGUCUGGGCUCACCGAAUAGCUGUCCACACUCCUCCAGCAAAGUUGUCGUCUUUGCAUUUGGUUUUGGAUCCCAGUUUUUGUAAAACAAGAUUGCUAAAGUGUCCUCCUACUUGAGUCGUCUUGCCCGGGCGCCUCUGAUCAGAAAGGCAAAGGGCUUGCUGUGGUUCACAGCCGUGUGCUACCCUAUCAGCCAAGAAGUCCGCUUGGCGGGGAUCUGGGUGUCCAGACUUUUUUCACGUGUUGUUGUUGUUUGGAGGGGGACAGGAGGGAGUAGAGAGCCCAGAAGGCAAUAGCUUAGCUGUGACCCUUAGCCACAAUUCCGGGGUGGGGGUGGGGGUGGGUGGG